AUGGCAAACCAGAACCAAACAGACAACUCAGAAAUAACCCUUUUGAUGAUCACCAGUAGACCUGAAUAUCAGAACCUUUUCUUCCUGCUUUUUCUGUCCAUUUAUUUGCUGACCCUCCUAGGGAAUUUUCUCAUUGUCUUGCUUAUCCACUUAGACAAUCAUCUCCUUCAGGCCCCUAUGUACUUCUUCCUGAGCCAUCUCUCCCUGGCUGACAUCAUUUUUGUUUCCACUACCAUUCCCAAAAUCCUGAUAAAUCUGAUGUCUCGGACUCAGACCAUCGCCUUCGAUGAGUGCUUGACCCAGAUGUAUUUCUUUCUCACCUCUGGUAACACAGAUAACUUCCUCCUUGCCUGCAUGGCUUAUGACCGCUACGUGGCUGUCUGUCACCCACUGCAUUAUGUCACUGUGAUGAGCCACAAAUGCUGCCUAUUUUUGGUUUCUGGAUCCUGGAUCGUUUCCGGGCUCCACUCUCUACUCUAUACCCUUCUGAUAUCACGCCUUUCUUUCUGCACCUCUAUGGAAAUCCCUUAUCUUUUCUGUGAUGUCUACCCUCUCCUGGAAUUCUCCUGUUCUAAUACAAGGCACAUAAAGUUAUUGGCACAGACGGAAGGGGUGAUGGAUUUGCUGGGGCCUUUAGCUGUUAUCAUUAUCUCCUAUGCACUAAUAUUCUCCACAAUCAUGAAAAUCCCCUCAACAGCUGGGAAAUGCAAAGCGGUUUCUACCUGUGGCUCACAUCUGGCUGUGGUCAUCUUGUUUUACAGCACUAUCAGCUGCCUUUAUUUCCAGCCUCCUUCAUCGUACUCAGCCCAAAAAGGCACUUUUAUCUCUCUCUUGUAUGCAAUGGUGAUACCAAUGCUGAAUCCCUUCAUCUAUACACUAAGGAACCAGGAGGUAAAGUCAGCAAUAGUGAGACUUCUUGGAAGGACAAGAGCUUUCUUAAGAAAAUAA